CAGCGCCCAUACAAGCGAAGCGCCCUGGCGCGGCUUUUCUGACCGUUGUUCGCCCACACAGCACAGUUCCUCCCAUCUCGCAUCUCAUCCGUCUGCGCCAGCACCCUUUAGCGUCAGCGUGCUUUGUGAGGUGUUUUAAUAAAGUUUCCGUGUCCGGACAAUAGCGCAGUGUCAUGGCAGCCCCCGGAGAGACAGCCAAGCAUGUGACGGUUUAUUUAGUUUGAGGGAGAAACAUGUCGGUGUCGGGAGAGCAUGGCGGGGUGGAGCUGCAGGGGAAGAGCCUGGCCGAGCUCCUGGAGAUCCUGCACAGGCAGGAGAAACUCAUUAACAAUACGUAAGAUUAGCCACCGGUUACUGUAUCCAUGGUCUCCAACUGCCAGUCACCAUCCCACCCCCCUCACCCUCCCCCUGCUCUGACAGGUCACCCAGACACAGGGCUAUUCACUAAACAUCGAAAUGUGCCUCACUCACAUACACACAGACAUGCUUAGGCCACAAAGCCUAGAUAUUAUUUAUUAUUAUUAUUAUUAUUAUUAGGGAUAGCAAUUGUGGCUAAAGUUGUGCCUCUCAGUUUUAAAAAUUGUACCAUUUGGGGAUUUUAGUGUAGAAGGGUAAUUUUUUUUUUUUUUAUUAUUAUUAUUUUUGGCCAAAGUGAAAAUUAUAGAUAACUAGACUUUUUAUUUAUUUAUUUUUUUGAUUUUUAGUCAGAUUUGGGUAAAACUGUGAAGUGAAAUGAGCUGGGCUGGAAUAAUUCUCUAGUUAUAGAAACAGCCUGCCUAUUUCAGCCUCAGGUUUGUCAUUUGGAUUUUAUUUGUUAAAAUGUGGUGCCGUAGUAAAUAAAUCUGUUAAAAUGUUUUACAGUUUUUUUUUUUUUUUUUUACGUUAAAUUUAAAUUCAGAGACCGGGUUAUUCACUAAAGUGAGAAUGCAAACAACAUUUUUAUAUUUUUAGACAAAACGGAAGCAUAGCUGAUUUUUAUUUAUUUAUUUUUUUCCCUCCACAUUUUGGCUAUUUUGAAAAUGUUAAAUUCACUUUGAUCUCUCACUUCAGGGAAUAGCCGUAUUCAAAUUCCUAGCAGUUCACACUCAGGUGAAUAAACCCUUUUUGUAUUUAAAGGAGCAACAAAUUUGUUUUCCUGGCACUAUAGGGUCAUUAGGUCCCUCCCACCCUCAGGGCCCCCUUCCCGCUGGGCUGAAGGGGUUUUAACCCCUUCAGCCACUUACCUUUCCCCAGCGCCGGGCUCCCUCUGUGCUAGGGAACUCUCCACUCCCUGCCGAUGUCAGAUUCGAAUGAGCAUGCAUGGCAAGAGCCGCACGUGCAUUCAAACUGCCCAUAGGAAAGCUUUCCUAUGGACGUCCAACCCCCUACUCACUGUGAUUUUUCACAGUGAGAAUCGCGGAAAUGCCUCUAGCGGCUGUCAGUGAGACAGCCACUAGAGGCUGGGUUAACCCUCAGAGUAACACAGCAGUUUCUCUGAACCUGGUAUGUUUCCAGCUGCAGGGUUAAAACUAGAGGGACCUGGCACCCAGACCACUUCAUUAAGCUGAAGUGGUUUGGGUGCCUAUAGUGGUCCUGUAAGUCAGUGAAAUUAUUUACAUGUUUUGUUUUUUAAGUACAAAUGCCCCCAGUCUUGACUUGGAAAACGUAUCCAGAACCAUGCUAGGUGUGUAGACUGCAAAUGUAAUGCUUUGUUCACAGUAGUUAAAGGAACACUGUAGUGUCAGGAGUACAAACAUGUAUUCCUGACACUAUAGUUCAAAAAAGAACUUUGUCGCCGGCCCUCAUCUCCCUCAACAUUAAAGGUUUAAAACGUACCUUUUCUCUCAAAUCUUGCCUCGGCUGGCCUGCGUAGUUCUGCCUCAGUGUUGAUGAUCUUAGCCAAUCUCAUGCUUUCCCAUAGGAAAGCAUUGGGAGGCUGUUGCACAUGCACGGCAAAACGCUGCUUUGUGUCAAUCAGCAUCUUAUAUAUAAUCUCUAACGGGAGCAUUCGAGUGCCUCCAUGCAGAGCCUGGACUAUCCGAGGGACUGCCACUAAAGAUGUUCCUAAGCAGCAAUGUAAACACUACCUGGUCUGUGAAAAUGCAGUGUUUACAGUGCUAGUACUGCAGGGACAUCUACAUUAAGCGUUAGUGGUUCUGGUGUCUAUAGUGUCCCUUUAAAUAAAUAAAAAAUGUGAUUGACAUGUCCAUCCUUUACUGUUACUACAUAACUGACCAGUGCCAGGACCCCCUUCCCCAUCCUUAUUCAUUUACAGUGAAUAGCUGUCUGAUCACUACUUAAUUUUUUUUUUUUUUUUACUUGCUCUUCUAGGUAAUGGUGGGGGAUAAAAGGGGACCUGUCCAUUCUAAAACCUCAUUCCACUUAUGGAACUGUUUUUAAACCAGACACUGGGUGUAUCCAACCAGUUGUGCUCAUUUGGACUGAAUGACCAUUUUCAACCUGAUUUGGCUUUAGUAAAUAUGAGAAUGGCAAAUCCAGUUAGAAUUAAGUUGUUAUGGUACUUGGAGGUGACUGGCACCAGCUUACCCUUUAGUGAUUAAACCACUGAUGAAUUGUUAAAUCCCAAAGUGUUCACUCCAGCGCUGUUUAGUUAUGCCCCGGUCCUUUUACUUCUCUGAGAUUCUUUAAAAAGGAAGCCUUGGACUGCCUCGGACAGGUGCACCGCUUAAUGGCUGAAGGCAUCAGCUGACACUCUAAGCAAUUCAGUAGCUCCCCAUUUACAAAAUUACUUAAGAAAUGUAGAUAAUUUUUAUCAAGCAUUUUGAUUGUUUGUCAAGGGGUUUUAAAUCUGCUAGUGUUAAGUUUGCAAAUCUGAUUCUUCUGAGGUAUAAGCAGAAUUUAUUAACAAAUAGCAAUAAUAACAAAUUAUUGCCCCCAAAACAUGAGUAUUUAGUUUCCUUGCUUUUGAGGUAGUUAAAUAAACUCCUGAAUUCAUAAAUCUGAUCCAUUAGUUGUAUAUGUUUGCACUGAGCAACAUACUUCAAGCAAGCGAUUUAACUACCAGGAAGAAGACAGGACCAGGUGUUCACUCUUGCCUUAGAGAAACCACUUGGAGAUUUGCUGUAGUGGAUAUGGUGCCAGGAGUGCCCUGGCGCCCUCCACAAUGUAUGUAAACUGCUUGAUAACAGUUUUACUUCUAACCUGGUGUCUGCUAGGCGCCCUUUCAUGCCGCCUCCUCCCACUGGAAGUGAGCUAGCAGCUUCUGUUAGCUCUCUUGAGCUCAGCCCUGCAGUGCAGGUCAGGAUUAUUUACUAAGAGUGUCAGCUGGUCGCUUUCGACUGUAGAGGAGGCAGCUAGUGGUGUCUGACAGACCUCAGGUAAGAAGUAAAACUGUUAGAAACCGUUUGACUACUUACAUCGGUGGGGUGCAAGCCUACUCCUGGCACUAUAACCAUCAUGGUGCUUACAGUGUUAAAUAAAAAGCACAUACAUACAAAAAUAAAAUGUUCCAUUUUCAGAGAUCACUAUAAGAGCAGUAAAUUGCUACCAUUCUCCUCUCUCACCCAAUGUCCAGUGGUUGAAGGAGAAGGGAAAAAAAUAGCAAACUGGAUUCACAGAGUUCCAGGCUGCCAAAGUCAUAAGGGUGUAACUAGCACAGAAGUGUUAAAUACUCUGUAUGUGCAGCUCAUCAAAGAGAAAUAAUGCACAUUCAGGCUUCUACCACCAUGACCACUUCAAAUCACUGAAGUGAUCAUGGUGUUUGGAGUACUCCUUUAAUUAUAUUAACAAUUUACAGGGAGCCAAGACGGAGUCUCCCGGCUCAAGGAUUUCUAAAUUUUUAUUUUUUAGACCUAUCAAAAACAUAUUUUCGAAAUUUUUAGCAUCACUUAACCGAAUAUAAAAAAAAUCCUGCAACGUGAUACUUGCCCUUUAAUAAUAGAGAUCUGGGAGAUGAUGCAUACUCAUAUCAUAUACAUUGAGGAAUUAUGGUAGGGGUUCCAAGAACGCUCUUAAAAACCAGGAGAGAACCUGGCCACUUAAUUAGGAACAUGGCAGGAUUGUACUAUUUCACUUUGUUUCUUUUGUAAUGAAAACAAACUUGCUUACCAUGUUUGACUCUAAUUACAUUUGUCUGUCAUUUUCUUAAGGAAAUUUAUUGCAAAACUACCGGACCGAGGAAAAAAGAUUAUGGAGUUUACUGAAAAGGUGAGGCUUGCUAUUGCCGAACAUAUGGAAUUAACAAAUAGAAAGGAAGUGUUGUCCAAAUUAAGAAGGGAGUUUCAAGAGAGACAACGUGAUGGGGAAGAGGCCACAAUAAUUGCCUCAGACCAUGAUUCCAGUUUUCACAUAAACAAGCAAUUGGACAACAUAGAGACUGAGGCUGCACCCACUAAUUUACUAUUGGCCGAAGAAUAUCCGAACGUGCCUGAAAACAGUGAUACCCAUCACUUGGAUGGAAGUAGUGUUCUUAUUGAAAAAAGUAGAAGUUCUGUUUUGGAUCCUGAUGCUUUGUUGAAUGACUUAAAGAAUAUUACUCUUAAAGAUAUUGGUGAAGAAACUAGCAGGGAUUAUGGUCAAGGAAAAAAUCCUUUUAACAGUUCCAGACAGAAAAAGUCUCAUUUUAUUGAAGUGAUUGAAAAAAGAGCCUUGAACCCAGUGUACAAAAAGGAGAAAUUUAAAACGAACAGGUAUGUAAAUUCUGGAAAAUGCAUUCCUACUACACUUUUUAUAAUUAGUACACAGAAACAAACUGUCUCCUUAUCUGAAAGCGAGUCUAUCAGAAUGUUUCAUUAUUGUAUUUCUAGUUCUAAAUGUCAUUUUUACAAGGAAGCUUUAAUGGUUUAAAUGAAAGUAUCCUUCAAAAGAAAAAAAUUGGAAUGUCAUUGUUAGUUUAUGCAUCAGUUAUAAGUUGAAGGGGCACUUUAAACUCGAUAACAACUACAGUGCACUCUAUUGGCUAUGGUGCCAGGAGUCCCCUGAUUUGUCCCACUGAUCAAACUGUGAAGUUUUUACAUUUUACUUGGCUCCUUUCGGUGCCUAUUGACCUUCCAAACUGCCUUGCUGUGCUUUACGAGACUUCAUACUAAUGCAUUAGAAUAUUAAAGGACCACUAUAGUGCCAGGAAAACAUACUCGUGCCCCCACCCUCAGGGACCCCCUCCCGCCCGGCUCUGGAAGGGGGAAAGGGGUAAAAACUUACCUUUUUCCAGUGCUGGACGGGGAGCUCUCCUCCUCCGAUCCGCCCCGUCGGCUGAAUGCGCACGCGCGGCAAGAGCUGCACGCGCAUUCAGACGGUUGCAUAGGAAAGCAUUCAUAAUGCUUUCCUAUGGACGCUGGCGUGCUCUCACUGUGAAAAUCACAGUGAGAAACACGCAAGCACCUCUAGCAGCUGUCAAUGAGACAGCCACUAGAGGCUUUGGGGGAAGGCUUAACCCAUUGAUAAACAUAGCAGUUUCUCUGAAACUGCUAUGUUUAUAAAACAAUGGGUUAAUCCUAGAGGGACCUGGCACCCAGACCACUUCAUUAAGCUGAAGUGGUCUGGGUGCCUAGAGUGGUCCUUUUAACUUUGGACAUUAUGGAUUUGGCUGUCGAGCCGUCAAGUUGAGCCUUAAACCAUGAAUAAUGUAUGAAGUUGGUAUGCUAAUGUGAAAGUAUGAAAUUCUUCUGUAACAUAGCAGACGGACAGGAACCAGUGCACACUACAGAGAAGUAAAGGGUUUGACAACUAACACUGGAAAGGGUGCCAGAGGAUCCCUGGCUCUCUAACCACUGCAGCAUGCUGAUAAUCUAAUGUUGUGGUUAUGGUACUCUUUAGAGCAUGGCUCGACAAAUACCAGGUUGCCAUGGCUCCUUGGAUUUAUGUUUUGGCGGGCAGGAGACCAGCUGGGGAAUUGUGGAGGCGGGCGGCAACCUGGGGAGUCAUGGAGUUCGGCGGCAUGAUGGAAGGUCGUGGAGGAGGGCGGCGAGGGAGCUGUGAUGUUCCUGCUCUGCUCCCUCACUCACCGCGGUGAAACAGAGCAGGGACAUCACAUCACCUUUGCCACCCGCUUACUAUUCGCACAGCCAGCCGCUCACCUCCACGAACUUCCAGCAUGCUGCCGCCUCCAUAAUCCCCCAGCUUGCCGCCCACUGGGAUCUACAGGUAUUAACCAGUAAUGUGUAAGUGUAUGACUGUCAGUGUGAGUGUAUGUUAGUAUCAUGGUGUGUGUGUGUGUGUGUGUGUGUGUGUGUGUGUCAUGUCUGUCAUGGUAUGUGUGUAUCAUGAUGUGUGUGUGCGUGUGUGUUUAGGUGACCAGACCCUUUCCAUUCGCAAGGGAAUGGUGUUCUUACUUUUUUUUUACGCCAUGCUUGUCUCUCUCUCUUUUUUAUUUAUUUAUUUAUUUAUUUAACCCCUUAAGGACACAUGACAUGUGUGACAUGUCAGGAUUCCCUUUUAUUCCAGAAGUUUGGUCUUUAAGGGGUUAAAAAGGCGGUGUUUACAUUGAAAAGCCUGUCGAGACUGGCUAUAGACACCAGAACCACUACAUUAAGCUGUAGUGGUCCUGUAUUUUUGUUGUUGAAUAUAAAGCUUUGUAAGUUUAAAAAAACAAAACAAAAAAAAAAACCCUGGCUCCUAUUUUUUUUUUUUUUAGCUGGCUCCUAGAUUUGUCAAGCCUGCUUUAGAGCAGGGGCGCCCAAAAGGUAGAUUUCUAGAUGUUUUAAAACGACAGCUUCCAUGACGCUUUGUCAUUCUAAAGGCAUGCAAAGCAUCAUGGGAGUUGUAGUUCCACCCCAUCUGGGGAUCUACCUAUAGGGCAACCCUGCUUUGUACUGUUUCCCUGAAAAUAAGCACUAUCUUAUUUUCAGGGGAUGCUCCUAAUAUAAGCCCUACCCUGAAAAUAAGUCCUAGUCAUUUGCUAAUCUAUGUUCAGUGAAGUUUCCCCAAACAUAGAUUUGAUGUAUUCUAUUAGCAAAUAAGCUAAUCUAUGUUUGGGAAAGUUUCCAUGAACAUAGGUUUGCAGGAUUCCAUGCCCUAGUGAAUUGUUCCCCCGAACAAAGACCUGCUUUCUAGCACACGUUUUCCCCGAAAUAAGACCUUCCCCGAAAAUAAGCCCUAGUGCAUUUUUCAGGGGACAGAUUAAUAUAAGAUCUGGUUAUUUUAAGGGAAAGACGGUAGUAUCCAGGGACAGUGUACGCACUAAGACUACUAGAGGUUACUGGACGGAUUCUUAGUGCUAUCUUUUUUAAAGAAUAUUUUCAAGGGGUAUGACAAAAACUUCUCUGUCCUGGCACCUAAAAAGGAAUUUAUGCCACCAAGAUAAUGAUAAAUCUCACUUCCACAUUAUCCAUCUACACUUGGACUGCAAUAAUAGACAGUGAACAGUGUGAGCAUCUUAGUGCAAUGCUCCAGCCUAACAGUGGGUUCAGUUUUGUACGGAUACUCAGGAAGUUUAAUGCUUUGGGUGCCUGGAGAGACCUGUAUUGGCACAAUUCUUGAAAAUGUGGCUGUGCACAGACUUCUUGCAGCACUAUCACGACAGUUGUGGUUAUUAUGUUGCUUGCCGGAUUCUUCCCUAAAGUAAGAAUUCAAAGUGAAUUUCAAAUUGAAGGCCGAAGUAGCAAAAUUGGAACACCGAUGAAUGAGAGAAUUUGUCUGGUUUGGCUAUUUUGACCUUAAUUUUAAAAUUCACUUUGAAUUCUCAUUUUAGUGAAUAGCCCUAUUAGUGUCUAUUUAAAGGGGGACUUUCAAUUUCGAAAAACAUGUUUACAACCAUGUUGCUAAAAAAAUAAUUUGCUAUAGAUUUUAUUAACGUUUUUAAUUUUUCUAAAUCCUAUUAUAUUUCUUUCUAUUGAUAUGCUGUGCCAGACACACUGGGUAAUGUAUGUUAAUGAAUUAACCCCUGCAGUGCCGUACUCACUGUCACUGCUGGACAAAACUCUGAGCACUCAUAAUUACAAUAUUGAUCGUAAAUGCUGGAGCAUGCCCGUGGGGCAUUGUGGAAUUACUUUAUUGCCCACAAUGUAGAAGUAAAUUGGAGGUGAGUAAGCUCACUUAUCUCUACUGCUAUAUUCACUGCAGUAAACGCUACUAUAGUACUUACAGAGGUGAGGGAAUGAGAAACCGUUUCUCCAGAAAUUAAAGUUCAACUUUAAGCAUAACGAUAUGUGUGCAAUGUGUUUCCUGCUUCACAUAGGUUUCAGUCACAGUAACAAUGCUUGAACAGUUAGCCAUGCAAACUAAUAUAGUAGUAAUAAUGCCAAAUACUGAAUUAUCUGAAAACCAUUGUUUCUUUUCCAUAAACGUUACAGUAAAAGCACUUUUAUAUUAAUCUUUGAGUACUGUCUAGAUGCAUCUUAUAUACCAAGUAUGUAUUUCAGGUUGCCACCUGGCUCUGAUUGCUCAUCACCUUGCGAGUCACCAGUUGAAAAUCAGACUAAAAUCUCUGCGGAAGAAAGAAGAGCGAUAGAAAAGAAACAUCUAGAUGACAUCACAGCUGCCAGGCUCCCUCCACUCUAUCAUGCGCCAAGCCAGUUACUUUCUCUAGAGGAAUCGAUAGCCCUUCAGCUCUCACAUAAACAAAGUCACGAGGUAAUGUAUUUUAAUUAGAAUAAUCUGGACCACCGUAAGCAGCACCAGCCAGCCCCAAGAUAUCGCGCAACCUGUUCACAAACUAAAACUGGUAGACUCUCAAUAAAAACAUAUAAACAAUAUAAAGAUAAGUGUAUGAACUUUACUUUAUAGCAGAGCGUGUGGUAUUGCUCCUAUAUUAUUUUUACUUUCAGUGUUUCAUUUUCUUAUAUAAUUAGCAGCAGGAUAGUUAAACGUGAUGCCUUAGGUUUUUUUGGUUUGAUUAAAGCAUUGUGUAAAAUGCAUUUUUAAACUUUCUUUUUUUAGGUUAUUGAUUAAACUCUAUUCUAUUCUCAACCAUUCUCAAAGGUCUUGAAUAAUUUGCAAUUAAAUAAUGGAAUAACUUUUAGAGCAUAGAAAUCUUUUUACAGAGUGGCUAAAUACAUAAAAUAUCCUGUGUAUAUGAAAUCUACACCUUUUGUGAAUACGGUUUCAAAAUCACUGUAAAAAGUAAAAUAAUUGGUCUGAAUAUGACUAUAAGGAAGCAUUUUGUAUAUACUGAAUGGAGGGACCACACUGGUACAUGAUAACUCUUUAGUACAUCGUUCUACUCUCAUUUAAUACUAAUCUACCUCCCUUCCCAGGACAUCAUGGGGACUUGCCUUAUAGAAUAGGCCACUAUAUCCCCAAUCUCCUGGCACAUAAAUAUUGAUUUCACUCCACUCCAGAUAGAAAGAAGAUGCUUCUACAUCGCCAGUAGUAAAUGUUCCUAAAACUGAACUUGCUUUCUCUGAUGGUUAUUCUCAGCCCUCCCUUAAAUGAUUUGUUCUCCAUAUGCAUUAUAUAUAUUUAUAAUCAUGACAUUCCUUUUAAUAGUAAUCUGUAAAAUAAAACUCAUGUAUUAAAAUGAUCUUAUCGAAAGGCUUAAAAUAACACAUAUUAGUACUGCUGUACCUAUUUUGAACACUGUAACACUCUUUUGAUCCUAGAGUUAGUUUGAGAGAAAUCCAGAUUAUUGCAUUGUGCUUAGCGGACACAAGUUUAAAACUGUGACAUGGAACAUUGUGCAUCAUUUAACUUUAAAGAGUCCAGCAUUGCUCCUUUAACACAACUGCUUUUAUAACCAACAUUAUCCAAAAUAAAUGUUAAACCUGUGGAGUAAAAACAAGCAAAAAAAAACAACAACAAAAAAAACAAGCAAUUUAACAAAAAUUAACCUAAAUACUGAGAUGUUUUUCCAUAAUUAGAGUAUACCUGCAGAACAGGUGCAGCCAAAACGCAGUUGCACUAAUGCUUUGACAGCUUAGGGACAGGCUACCUUUGAUGUGAAAUAGUAGCAUGCACUUUAUAUUACUCACUAAAGUUUGAAUUGUCAAGAAUUCAGAAUACAUUUAACAUUUUACACCUAAAUAGCCAGACUGGCGAUAUAGCUGACUAAGAGAAUGUUUACAGUUUGGCUAUUAUGACCAAAAAAAUUGAUAUUUACUUUGAAUUCUCUCAAAUUCCUGAAUAUUCACUUAACUAAUUAGUGUUAUUUUAAUAAACAUCCACUAGAUGGAGCCCAGACAUUCCCCCCAACCCCCCCCCAGAAAUAAGCUGUUGCACAUUUUGCCACUAGGGGGAGAUAAACGUUAGGCUUUUCUCACACCAUUUACAUUAAUUGCAUGUAGCAAAGUACUGUUUUUUUUUAAUACUUGCACGAUGCCAUUAUGCUGCAGCUAUAAAAAUGUAACACAUUUCUGUGGGGCCAUAUUAAAAGGAAAUAAAUGUGUUUCAGUGAUUACAAAAUAUUGCAUUUAUGGGAGGUAAUUUCUAGACCUAAAGACUAGCAAGGAUUAGAGUUUCAGCUGUUGCGUAGAUGCUAUUAAUUUCACAGCAUUUGCUUGGCCAGUAUUAAGGAGACACUCUAGCACGGUAACUGAUUAUUGUGCUUACAGUUUCCCUUUAAACAAUGGGCAUGAGGAGCACACAUACUAUUAUCUUAAUGAUAUGAACUUUUUAACACUGUAGAUGUUACUUUUUUUUCUUUGUCUUUAGGAAAAUCAAGCCAAACUAGCUGCUCAAAGACUAAUCGAGAAACUGGACAUUAAAAUGGAAAAGUUCAACCCUGAAGGAGAUUCAUACAUGAAAUACAGGGAUAUAAGAGACAAAGAAGACUCUGAAAAUUAAGAUUUUCCACAACAGAAGCUCUAAAUUACAUAACCUAUUUGCAGGAAAUAAAUAAAUAUCUGUCAAACAUGAAUUAUUUUUGAGUAUACUAAUGACUCCAAUGGGCACUCCACUGUGUUGGUUUUUUUUGUCUGCUUGCAAGUUCUGUAUUACCCGCCUGCAAUGUGGUAAUUUCAUUUUGGUUUUAUUUAUAAAGCUAAAUAUAAAAUUAAACAUACAACCUAGGUGUUAUUUCAGCUUGCAGUGCAUAUUGCUAAUUGUAUCAUGACAGAUGGGGUAUGCUCUACGGCAGCAAAGGCUAAGCUUUCUUAUGACGUUUAGAUGAAAUGUUGUUUGGCUUCAUAGGAAACAUCUACAGUAGUUUGACAAAUAUCAACAAAACCUAAUCUAUUGCAUUUUCUUUGGUCUGUUUUAUAUUCAGGGUUUUUCUUUUUCUAUGCAACCAUAAUUAAGCUGGUUUUAAAAUCUGAAUAUGUGAAUAAAUA